AUGUUGCGUUACUCGCUGGCCGGCUGCUUCGCCGGCCUACUUUGCGCCCAGUCCAUAGUGUCUGUCUCCGGCCUCCGCUUCCUGCCUGGCAAGCUCCGACACUACUGUUCCAUCACCUCCGAUCCAUCUCCGCAAGUCUGCAUACCGUUCCCGCUUCCCUUGGUGAAAAAGGAGGCCAAGAGUCCCGACCUUUCCGACAUGGACAGUCAGGGGCUGCAAGAUGUCUUCGACGCCCUCGCCGUCUUGCAAGACAGCUACUAUGAUGCCGUCAACGGCACUUGGCCAACCUCCAUCGACUGGACAGGGGCCGUCAUCGAGACGGUCCUCUCGGGAACGCUGUCGACCCUGACAAGGUCCCUCAACUCCGAGCAUGUUGGCGGCGACGCCCAACGGAAGCAACGAGAGAACCUCAUCUCCUCCCUCUAUGCCCAGGUUGUCCACUCCUUUUUCGGCCAAAACGCCAUUGCCAUCAAGAACCAGGCGUAUGAUGACAUUCUUUGGGUCGUUCUUGGCUGGAUCGAGGCCAUCAAGGAGCUCAACCAAGCGCUCCAGAACAUGCCAUGGCAGGGCUACAACUGGUUCUGCACCUUUGCAGAGCGCGCUCGCGAGUUUUGGGAUCUUGCUACCCACGGAUGGGACACCUUGCUGUGUGGCGGCGGCAUGGUCUGGAAUCCCCGCCUGGAGCCCUACAAGAACGCCAUCACGAAUGAGCUUUGGAUCGCCGCGUCCAUCGCCAUGUAUGAGAACUUCCCCAACGACACCUUCCGGGAGGCUUGGGUUGCGAGCAAGGGCUUCCCCACCAGGGACCCCGUGUACCUGGCCGCUGCCGUCGAGGGCUACAAGUGGUUGAAGCAAGUCAACAUGACCAACCAGCGGGGACUCUACGUCGAUGGCUACCAUAUCGACAACAACAAGCCCAACAACGUCAAAUGCGACGCCCGCGACGAGAUGGUGUACACGUACAACCAGGGUGUCAUUCUCACGGGUCAGCGAGGCUUGUGGGCCGUAACCGGAAGCCAUUCGUACUUGGAAGAGGGCCACUCGCUGAUCCAGUCGGUCAUCAAGGCGACGGGCUGGGACCUGCUGCCGCCAUGGCAUGGUCUGGGCCGCGGCGGUAUUCUUGAGGAAAUGUGCGACGCGAGCGGCACGUGCUCGCAGGAUGGCCAGACCUUCAAGGGCAUCUUCUUCCAUCACCUGACGGCCUUUUGCGCGCCCAUUGAGGCGGCUGGCGUUGCUACGCAUGGCACCCGCGUCAGUUUGGAGCAGCACGCGCAUGUACAGGCAGCCCAUGGCAAGGCUUGCCGUGCAUACCUGAGUUGGGUAAAGCACAACGCCAGGGCGGCACUGGGGACCCGCGACGAGCGAGGGCGGUUCGGCAUGUGGUGGGGAGCCAUCGUGUUUAGCCAGCCUGCCGUGUCCAAGUUCACCGAUGGCAUCGACCACGAGGCACCCAACGCCACCGAUUACCGCAACGAGGGAACGCCGCGAGACGCAGUCUGGGGAAAGAACCACCGAGUGCCGGACGAGGCGAGGGCAUGGGGCAAGAGCACGGACAAGCGCAGCACGGACAAGCGCGACGACGAUCCCAACAACCGUGGCCGGGGGCGGACCGUCGAGACGCAGGCUGGGGGGCUCGCACUCUUGAGGGCGUACUGGGAGAUCUCGCAGCAACAGUGGUGA